ACGUCAGACGGAAAACGACGGGCCAAGGCGCCAAAUUAACCUGACCUGGAGAAGUACCGUCGCGGAGGGCAGAUUUCUUCGACUUCACACAAACCUUUUUCAAAAAACAAAGCUGACAUUGCGCUUUACGUGCUCAGUCGUUCAGUUUUAACCCAGCGAAGCAUAUUUUACACGCAUUUCAAACCAGAGCGGUCGCGAUGGGUUUGCUCGAGCGAUGCCAGGAACUCUUCAGUACCUCGAAUCUGUAUGAAGUGCUGGGAAUAAACAAAGACGCGUCGGAAGCGGAGAUAAAGAAGAGCUACUACAAAGUGUCGCUGAAAGUACACCCGGACAGAGCCCCUGAAGACCCACAAGCAACGGAGAAAUUCCAGGUGUUAGGAAAGCUGUACUCAGUGCUGACGGAUCAGGAGCAGAGGGCUGUUUAUGAUGAGCAAGGAGUGGUGGAUGAAGAGUCAGAUGUCCUUCGUCAGGACCGUUGCUGGGAAGACUAUUGGAGAUUGCUCUUCCCUAAGGUGACAGUGCUGGACAUCCUGGAAUUUGAGAAGAAAUACAAAGGCUCGGACGAGGAGCGCGAGGACUUGAUCCGGCUUUACGUGCAGCACGAAGGAGACAUGGAUGAGAUCAUGUCGUCGGCUCUGUGCUCCUCGCAGGAAGAUGAGCCCCGGCUGUGCGGCAUCAUCGAAGCCGCCAUCAAGAGCGGAGACGUUGAAGCGUUCCCCUCGUUUACCCAGGAGAGUGACAAGAAGAAGAGGGCUCGUCGGAAAAGGGCUGACAGAGAAAAAGACGAAGCGGAGGAAAUGCAAAAAAAGAUGGGGCUGGAUGACAAAGAUGACAGUCUUGUCAUGAUGCUUAAGCAACGACAGCAGUCCAGGGAGAAGAAUUUUAAUAGUUUCCUGUCAGACCUGGAAGCAAAAUAUUCUAAAAAGAGUUCAAAACCCCAGAAGGGAAAAAAAGGAAAGAAAUAAAUGUCAGCAGUUUCUUUUUUAAGGACUUCCAAAUAAAGAUUUUUGUCAGCA